AUGGUGCACACCCAUCAGUCUCCUCCCAAUAUCAAAGAAAGCGAUGAGGAAUGUUAUGCCGUGGACACACCAGUACAAGUAUAUGCUGUAUGUUCCAUCUUUGCCAUUGGAGUGACAAUUGCUUUGAUCAUAAAAAUUGGUUUCAUAAAAGGCGCGGUGUCGGAUCAUGAGCGAUGCACGGCUCUCACUGAGAAAGUACUUCGGGAUCAUGGAUCCAGUGUGGUUGCAGCUCUCUGCUUGGGUGUUGUGCAUCCACACGUGUCUGGUGUCGGUGGAGGAGGAGUGAUGUUGAUCCAUAACGCCUGUUGGAAUCAAACCGAGGUGAUCAAUUUUCAGGGCUCUGCGCCUAAAACUCUUACAGAGGACGUGGUACAAAAUGCUUCUGACAUUAAGGUCAGCUAUUUACAUACAUUGUGGGAUGACGUUGUUAGCAGAGUGGCAGAUGUAGCAAGAGAUGGUUUCAAUGUUUCACAGUCUUGGGACAUCUUAAUCCCAAACGGUCAGACUCUGAGAUUGAGAUUGGGGUCAUACCCGAGGAUGCCCAGUUUGGCAGAAGUUCUUGAGGCUGGUCUUGGCACUUUUAUAGAGGAAAAGGUGCAGGGAAAUGGAGGAGUCUUAACCAGAGAGGAAAUCCAUAACUACACUGUUGAAGUGCAGCAGCCAAUGGAAGGCCAUUGGACCCUUUAUAUAAUUCAAGUUUCCCCUCCGCCGUCUGUUGGAGCGGUCCUGAUCUCAGCUCCCAAUCUAGAGCAGUGUUUCUCAACCAUUUUUGGACCACUGACCGGACAAGUCGAAGUGAUGGGACCAGAUGACCUCAUGGUGUCUGUCGCAAGUUCCUUGAGCGGGCCAUUUGUGGGCAGGAUUAUAACCGAGUCAGGGGUCAUCCUCAAAAGCCUCAUUUUAGACUUCUUCUGGCCUAACCAAAGAACGGGACAACCCCAGUCUAACCAGGCGAGAAACAGUCUGGAGCUGGGAAAGAGGCCUCUGACGUUCCUCAGGCCUGCAGUGAUGGUUCUAACCUGGAACAAGUGUGGCACCUACAUGGCCCUGAGUAUCUCAGCUGGACUAAAAUCGCUUGAGUGA